AUGACAAGCAGCAGCUGUGUCUGGCUAGACGCACUUAACCACCCCUACCUCAUCGACCUCAUCGUGCAAUGCUCCGCGCCCGAUGUGCUGCUCUCCUUCCGCGCGACAUCGAGAUGGUGGCGCCGCAGAGUCGACGCCUUGCUCGUGAGGCACCUGGUUCUCGACGGCCAGGUCGUGAGCACAUCCCACGGCCAUGCCUGUGCCGCAAGAUUACACUUUGGCAUCCCCCUCAUGCCUCUCAUGAUCGACGAGGCGAGCUAUGGCCGGUACGCACCCCCGACUUCCCGCUGGAGGCAGCGCGCAAGAAGGUCGGCUGACAGCAGCCAAUCCGCCGGAGUCGAAAUCCCGGACCCGGUUCCCUUCCCCAUUAUGGACGUGAGCCGGACACUCGAUCUCACCCGGACAAGCGUUCUCGACGUUCGCGGCGCUGUGCGCAAGGGCGUGCUUGAGGCGAUUAGCAAGAUGGUUGGAAGACUGGACACGAUACGGGUGUACGAUUACCCGACGUCGAACAGCUAUCCGGUCAGCAACACGUGCUCCGUGACGUGGUGGUUUGGCGUGCACGAGGACCACCCAAUAUCCGCACGGCGAUGCGUGCUCUUCGGCUCAUUGGUGCCGUACCAUGGAUUGAGGACGAAUCCGUUGCACUUCUGUCCCGCCGACGCCGAGGAGCUCAUCGUCCGGCUCGAGUACAACCCCCAUCGACCACUGGCACGACUGAACGCGCUCUUCCCUCGAACUCCAGACACUUUGCGGCGUGCAGUGUUCCUCUUCGUUCCAACCAAUCGCGAGCCCGUCCUCUCGUCUCACGACCAGUUCGGAACCUCAUUGUCUCCGGGCGGAGUGGCAGCCAGCCUUACUCAGACCGUGAUUCGUCUUGGCGUGCCCGUCCUGUUCGUUGGCGCUGAGGCUUUGGCCGGUUUGCCGGGAAUUGCUGACGUUCCCGUUGAGUUUGUGACGAGCGAGCGAUUCAGGAUUGUCGUCGGCGAAGAGACAUGGGCUCUAUUCACGAACGAGGCAGGACCGGCUCCCCUCAUGAGGAUUGGCAAAGGGGAAGGACAUGGGUUCCAGCACAUCAACAUGAACCAGGACAGUUAUGCGCAGACGGAUCGAACUGCGUGGCGGAAUCUGGCCUUAGUCUGA